AUGCAAGAGAUUAUACUAAGCACUGACAAUCCCUUAAUGCAGGUUCCAAAUUCAUUUUUUGAUGAGACUAAACUUUUGAAAUUAUUAGAACUUAUUGGCUUUGAUUGUUCAAAACUACCUUCUAGUUUUGGUUUGAUAAGGAACCUUCAGGCAUUAUCCAUGUACAAUUGCAAAUUGGGAGACAUAACUAUGGUUGGUGAGCUCACAAACCUACAAAUUCUUGUCCUCCUUGGAACUAGAAUCCAACAAUUACCUAGACAAAUAGAACAGCUUCAGAAGUUGCUCAUCUUGGAUUUAAGAGACACAUAUAUCCAAAUGAUUCUAUCCAAUGUUCUGUCAAACUUAACUAGUUUAGAAGAAUUAUAUUUGAGAAACUCCUUUUGCAAUUGGGAGGUUGAAAGAUCCAAUAGUGAAAACAGAAAUGCAAGCUUGAAAGAGCUAACAAACUUGCAUCACUUGGCAUAUAUAGAAGACUUGUAUGUUCCUGAUCCUCAAGCAUGGCCAAUGGACUUAUACUUUGAAAAAAUUAAAUCAUACACAAUUUUCAUUGGGGAUAGGUGGGUUGAAACCCAUAAUGGUGAUCAUGGGUUAAAAGUAUUGAAACUCAAGCUCGAUAGAAAGUUGCAAUUGGAGGAUGGGAUUAAAAGGAUGGUGAAAAAUGUUGAUGUCUUAUACUUAGAUGAACUGUAUGGUGUCCAAAAUAUUCUGAGUGAUUUAGGCAGUGAUGGGUUUCUCCAUCUACAAUCUCUCCCUAUACAAAACAAUGUUGAAAUCAAAUGCAUAGCCAUGAGUUCUAGUGAUGAUCAUCCCAUUGAUGCUUUCCCCAACUUAGAGUCAUUGUCUCUGAAAAAUGUAAGCAAUUUAAAGCACAUAUGCCACGGUUCUCUUAGUGAAAAAUCUUUCUUCAAAAUAAGAGUCAUUAGAGUACAACAAUGCCAUGAAAUGACAUGCCUCUUCUCAGACUCAAUGGUCAAAAGUCUUCCCUAUCUUGUUGAUUUAGAAGUUUCAGAGUGCAAACUCAUUGAGGCAAUUGUGGUUGGAGGAGAAGAAAUAAUAGUGUUUCCUCAUUUACGCUCUCUAAAGUUACAAGGACUCCCUGCAUUAUUAAAUUUCUACAUGUUUUCUUCUUACGUUAAACACGUACUUUUUGAUGACAAGCUACCAGAAUUGCUAUGGGUAUGCUGUCUGUCAGAAGAUGCCGGAGAUGCUCUACGUGUAAUUGGAUUCCCUGAAAUGGCCAAAAUGCAUCUUGAAGACUUGCCAUCAUUGAUGAGGUUCUUCAGUAAAGGUUAUGUUGAAUUGCCAUCUUUGGAGAAUGUAGUUUUGAACCACUGUCCUCAAUUGGAUGAUUUUGGUUUGGGAACGAUAGAAAGCUCACAGUUGAAGUCAAUGAUCAUUGACAAUCAAGACCAAAUUCAAAAUGAUGCCCUAAUUAGUCAAGAAUUGGUAUUAAUGGAAUUACCUGAUGUGGUGGAUAUAUGGGAAAUACGUAACCUUUACAAUAGGAUCCCCCAACUGAAUAAUUUGAGAAAAAUACACAUCAAGAGUUGCCCCUCUAUGAUGGUAGUCAUUCAUCCUGAAGUUAGAAAGCUCCCCCAACUGAAUGAAUUGAAGAUUCAAGAAUGUAAGAAUUUAACAAAAGUUCUUCCAUUAUUUUAUUUGGAUCCCAUUAAAUUCCUAGCAUUGAGCAAGGUGGAGCUUAUGUACCUCCCAAAAUUAGUCAUGUUCCAUGAGAACCAUGGUCUAAUAAAAAUAGAACUCCCAGUUUUAAAAACAUUGGUGAUAGAAAAAUGUCCUGAGUUGGAAAUAUUCACCCAUGGGCUUGCAACUGCAUAUGAUUUGCCAACAGAUGACCGUAAUUCUUUCUUUAAGUUAAAUGAACUCAAGUUGGAUACUUGCCACAUGUUGGUUUAUGUCAUUUCCUCUAAAGACGUUACAAGAGUUUCCAGAAUUGACAAAACUCACUGUAAGUCAUUGUAA